CAACAUUCAAAUUCAAAAUUGACGAAACGGAACAUUCUGCCCACCUUUGCCGUUUCACUCAGUUCAUGGAACAUUCAUAGUCCUGUGCCAGCAAAAAAUGGCGUCACUAGUCCCCAAUAUCCCCCUCCCCUCGCUAUGGACCACUCCACUCACACACAGAAUGACAGAAUUGGUGGACCAAAGCUGCUGUGCCGUGAACACAUGCUUGAACUACUUUGCCAGCUUCCGCCCAAGGGAUAUACGGCAGAUCCUUGACUUUCUCGGCGUGCACCACUGCGAAGUGCUGUUCGGAAUUUUGGCUUUCGUCCUGUUUCAGUUUACCAAGUUCACGGCUAUCCUUCUCCUUGCCGUCUUUUUGGCUUAUUGUAUUUUCUACUGGUGGGAUACGUUCUUUCCGGGGCUGAGCCAACGAGAGUCCGGCUCCUCGCGGAGAGAUCAAUACGCUCCUAGCUACCUAGCUUCCUUUCCCAAUACGACGGAAAAAGCUGAGUACCGCGAUGAGCUAACAAAUGCCAGAUUGCCGCCAUUCUACGGCACAACGAGCACCGAACCCAGUCCGGCGAAUUCCGAUUAUGGGCCAAACCAAGCACCACGAGGCUCCAGCACUCCACCUCAACAAACCAUGCGAAAUAAUGAAGCUCAGACAAUUUCAACGAACUCGAGCACAACAGAUCCGGAAUUUCCGAAAAAGAAAAUGCUGGUCCCAAUGGUUCCGCAGAGUAAAUUGGUGGGCAACAGCAGUAGUGGAGUGGCGUCAAAGAGAGAGUCCCGAAAAAUACCAGAGCAGAAUAACCGAAAAUCACUAACGCCGCCUAUAGAUAACACCCGAAGAACGCCCAUUUCACCCGUAGAUAAUUUCCGAAAUGCGCCACCCAGUGAGAAAUCGUCCCCUCGGGCGACAGAGAAUUUCCGAAAAUCGUCCACACCACUCUCAGAGAAUUCCCGAAAAUCGUCCACUCCUCCCUCAGACAAAAUACGAAGAAUGUCCACUCCGACCCCAGAGAAUAACCGAAGUUUAUCAUUAGACAAAACCGAAAGGGUGUCCGAUCAGGCAAUAUCAACGCCUGUAUUUAGCCAUAGCGGAACGACCCCCAGGUCAACCCUUGAAUCCUCAACAAGAAAUCGACAUUCGUCCAAUCAAGCUGACGAACGGCUCAACAGACGAUCUCAGUAUCCCUACCGGGAUCAUGAACAAGCCAGGGGAUCGCAACACACAGCAGGUGUCGGAGAGUUCAGGUCCCGACGGGUUUCAGAUGAUCCCGCGCAGUUACGUCGACGACCGGGAUCCCUCGAGGAGCAGCGCCACCGCAGACCGCCACACUCCAGCUCCCAGGAUGAAGGAAGAGCGGGGAAACAACGCCGUCCUGGAAAUAACAGGUCCGGCGUCACGCGACGCCAAUAUCCCGAUGAAGCCAUCGAGCGCCUGAGGACCAACUACCGCGAGCUUCCGACUCAGAAGAUUCCGGCACCAAUUUCCUCCGAAGGGGCCUAUUAUAACAAACUUCACAGCCUACUCCCAAGCAAUCGUAACCAUUCCGAGAGGCAUGAUCAGCACAUAUCCCCAAGUAAUCGCAAUAAUUCGGAAAGACGUGAUGUACCAAAAAAUUCGAGGAAUAAUAACUUGGACCCCGAUUCCGGGAAUCGAAAUAGAAGUGGCCGCCCGAACCCGCCCCAUCUAUAGCUUCGUCAUUGUCAACAAACAGGCCAGGACAGGACAGGGACAGGACUGUACCCGCAAUGAGCUCUUAAAAUUGCUGUGAAAGAGCAUCCUGAGAAUGUUCUAGAGGAACGCAAGAAGAGGAACAUAUUGAAGCCUAUAUGUAUGUCAUAGAACCCGUACUUGAAAGCAGUACAAAAGAUUUGGAAAUGCCCAGAAACGGUGAAAAUUAGAUUCCUGUCGAUGCAGAAAUUUCCGAGAGCGAGGGGGAUACGGACAAAAUCAGUGGCCAAACUUUAUCUUCAAUUGGAAGAAUAUCCGUUGUAUGUGGAACUAUUCGAGACCAAAACAAAAAAUAAGAAUUGGAGGAAAAUCCAUAGCUUUAGUAAACCGAAAUUUCGCCCCAUAUAUUGCAAAAACAAUGUCUAAAUUAUAAAUGAAACAAAUAUAAAUAGAGCAAAGAUAUUUUUGAAAUAAAACGUAGAGAUGGGUAGU